AUUAUCAAUUACCAAUAUUGUGUGGGUGACCGACACGGAUACGGUGAAUCUUCGAGAGCCUGAAGUUCCAGUCUCAGAUGCAAAGACGCAAAGCUCCUUUUUUAGGGAUUCGAUUCCAUUGCCGAAUUUUGCCUUUUUCUCCUUAUAAACUACAAGACUUAACCGCUAAGCUUUCCUUUCCCCCUCUUAUUAUAUAGACUCACUCAUAUUAUCCCAUCCAUUCUCAUUUUUCACUCACUAAACCCUCCCAAUACCUUACUCACUGUAUAUGAAAUCGGAGGUUUCUGAAAUGGGAAGCGGUGUUGGCGGCGGUGGAGGAGGGAACAAGUAUGGCAGUUUAAACCUUACUGAUCUACCGCAAGAUUGCAUCGCUACCGUGAUUUCAUUCACUUCCCCUCGAGAUGCGUGUCGGUUGUCACUCGUUUCAACUACUUUCAAAUCGGCUUCCGAAUCCGACGCCGUUUGGGAGAGUUUCUUGCCGUCGGAUCACCAGGCUUCGAUUCCUUCGUCGCUCUCUUUUUCUUCGAAGAAAGAACUUUAUCUUAGCCUUUGUGAAAAUCAUAUCCUAAUCGAUGGUGGCCGAAAGAGCCUUCAAUUGGAAAGAGUGAGUGGCAAGAAAGUUUACAUGCUAUCUGCCAGGGACCUCUUUAUUGUAUGGGGUGACACUCCAACUUACUGGAGAUGGAUCUCUAUUCCUGAGUCCAGGUUUGAAGAGGUAGCAGAGCUUAUCAAUGUUUGUUGGCUUGAAAUCCGUGGGAAGAUCGCAAUCUCCAUGCUUUCUCCCAUGACGCGCUACAAGGCUUGCCUUGUGUUCAAAGCAACUGCUAGGGCUUACGGGUUUGAUUUCCAACCUGCAGAGGUUAGUGUCAGCAUUGCUGGCACCGAAGGUUGUAAGAGAACAGUCUAUCUGGAUGCAGCUAGAGGCCUUCGACAACGUUACCAGAUUGUACCGAGGCGAAUCGGGCUAUUUAGCCGUUCCCGUUUCCUUGGGUUGCAAGCGCCAGUACCUCUGGCCCCUGCAGGUGGUGAUGAUCAGUACCCAAAGACUAGAGGAGAUGGGUGGUUGGAAAUUGAAUUGGGUGAGUUUUUCAAUGAUGGAUCCAUUGAUGGGGAACUAGAAAUGAGUGUUAUGGAGGUAGAAGGUGGUCAUUGGAAGGGUGGUCUCAUUGUCCAGGGGAUUGAAAUUCGGCCUUGUCUUUGAAGUUUGCCCUUGACUUCAAUCGGCAACGGGUAUGUUCAAUUAUUUUCCGACUCUUUGUUCAUAUAUUUGGAGAGUUAAAAUGCUGUACUCUUGUUGUUCAUUGAUUCUGUCAAUGAAGAGUCAAGUUAAGUAUUAGCUCCGAUGGACAUGCGGCUACGGUUCCAAGAGAACUCAAAAAAGAAGAGGGAAAAGACGAGGAGUUGAAAGAAACAAAAAAAUGAAGUGGAAGCAACGGGUCACCGGAGGUUCGGAACCUCUCUAUUGUUUGAUAUACCCAAGGCCUCAUCUUUUUAUCAUGUUAGCACUGAAUGAUCUUUGUUAAGGCAUUGUAGUAACGGAAGGAAUUUACCUUUUCUAUAAUUUGAUACUAUCUUUAAUGAUACUACUUAUUGCAAAUUUCAUAUGAACAAAUAUUCAAUCGUAAUAACUGUUGUUUUUUUU